AUGAAUGUUGAUAACUACACUGAAUGGAAAAGAAACCUUAGUAUCGUUUUUAAUUAUGAUAAGAUCACAUGGGUUCUUUCUAACCAUGAGCCUAAAGCACUAACUUCCCAAUCAACUCCACAAGAUAUUGAAUAUCAUAAGCAAUGGCAUGAUGCAAAUGACCUGGGUAAAUGCUAUAUACUAGCCCCUAUGAAUAGUGUAUUACAAAAGCAACACGAAGGCAUGGGUAAUGCUGCUAACAUAAAGUUGCACAUACAUGAGAUGUUUGGUACAAAAACAAAGUCUGCUAAGGUGAAAGCAAUCAAUGCUUUUAAGGACCUUAAGCAGAAACUUGGGGAGCCAGUUAGACAUUACAUGCUGAAAGUGAUCUCUUGUCUCAAUGAGGCAGAACUAAAUGGUGCUAAGAUAAAUAAGGAAAUGCAAAUAUCAAUGAUCAUUCAUAACUUGAAUUUGUCAUUUUCACAGUUCAAAUUGGAUUAUGAACUGCACACUAGGGAUUACACCUUAAGUAGGCUAACGAAUGAUCUCCAAAAUGUGGUGGAGGUUCUUGAUUUGAAAAAAAAGCCUGAAGCACGUGCAAUUUCUAUUGGGUGA